AGGGUGUCAUUGACUCCACGCGGAAAGUGGCGUGGCGGGCAUUGACAGCUUCAAGUUCGGUGGAUGCACCUAUCGAUUCUUUCGCAGCAUUACUUCCUGUCGACAUUAAAGCUUGUAACAUAUUGACUGGACUGCGGUGACUCGUCCGCUCCCUACAAUCGAAAACUUCGUCAGCCUAGCGUCAUUCUGGUGACCGUGCCAUCGCAGCGCAACCUUGAUAUACAUCCACAUUGGUCUGCGAUGUUUCCAUAAUUCACCCCAUCGGACAAUGUUCGCCCAUUGCAAGCGCGGCGUAUGGGAUCUUGACGAUUUCACCAGCUGCUUUGAACGAGACUACCUACAAACACUUCUACCACUUAUAGCAUGUGGACUGUCACUGGUAUUCCUACUUGUUCAAAUUGCCCGCUCGGCCAUCCGCGCGCGCAGGAAAAGCGGCUAUACUGUUCUUAAGGACCACCUUCACAAUGGAGUACGAUCGUCGGAGCAGCAGGAGGAAGACAAUGGUGACGAGGAUGAGGACGUGCAAGAUGCGGAUUUGACGCUUCAGUCGACGCGCAGCCAGGCCAGAGUGUCGGUGGUGGAGGUGGACAAGCCAAGAGGUGAGGUCGUGAUUGCCGCGAUAGAAGAACUGGCCGUCAUUGCGGAAGUUGGCAUUCAUAUUGCGGCUUUGAUGUUGCACACCGAGGGCCGGAAAGGCAGGGUGGCGCAAAUCGCUGGUUUCGCAACCUGGGCAUAUAUUGCCGUACUGACAAGUUCACGGCUACUGUUCAGCACAUCAUCACGGCUAUCCUUUCCGCACCUGUGGUACCAUACUUCUUUCUUAUACGGAUUCCAAUGGCUCUGUACAGUGCUUCUCUUUCGCUCGGAGAUCAUCCAUCCGUGGACCCGGUUGACACAAGCCCUCACCAUCGCAGACUUUGCACUUGUCACACUUCUCACGCUGAUCGCUUUGACUUCUCGCAAGGGCAACAAAGCAGUAGAGUUGGAACAUGAGGGUGAUCUAGAGCCGUCGCGCGAGCCGCUGGCAAGCCUGCUUUCCUUGGUUACGUUCUCAUGGGUCGACCCGAUCGUCUGGCAAGGCUACCGCAAGACGACCGAGAUGACCGACGUCUGGAACCUGAUGGCUAAAGACAAGGCUGCUGCCAUCCUCGCUGAUUAUCGGCAAGUCAAGAAAACAUGGUCCUUGGCCUACCACCUUCUCCAUUACUUCAGACACGGCCUCCUUGUUCAAGCCGCAUGGGCCGUGAUUAGAGGACUGAUCACCUUUGCACCGACCAUUCUCCUCAAAGUGAUCCUGCAGUACGUUGAGGACCCCGCAUCGACUCCGCGUAACGCGGCUUGGUUUUACGUGAUAUUGCUGUUCGUCUCCGGCGUGGUCGAGGCCUUGGCAAGCGGUCAGUCGCUCUGGAUAGGCCGGAAGAUCUGUAUCAGAAUCAAAGCCAUCAUCAUCGGCGAGAUCUACGCCAAAGCACUGCGCCGCAAGGCUGCCGCCGGCUCGGACAAGGUUCUCGGCCAAGACAAGAAGAAGGAUGAAGGCGAGCCGAAGCAGGGACUGUUGAAAAAGGCCAUGUCGUUUGGUCGGAAGAAGAAGGCCGAAACAACGAAGCCGAAUGACGACAACGCUCAGAAAGCACCGGCGGACGACGCUCAGGUUACAUCUGGGGCGAUCAUCAACCUCAUGGCAGUGGACUCGUUCAAGAUCGCCGAAAUUAGCGCGUACCUGCACUUCCUGUGGGCCGAAACACCGGUGCAGUUCGUGCUCGCCAUCCUACUCCUCUACCUCUUCCUUGGACUCAGUAGUAUUGUUGGCAUAGGCAUGAUGGCGCUCUUACUGCCGGUCAACAUGGUGAUAGCCAAGCAGUUCUCCACUGUGCAGAAGCAAAUCUUGGCCGCCACAGACGCUCGGAUUCAUACCACCAAUGAGGUGUUGCAGAACAUCCGCAUCAUCAAAUACUUCGCAUGGGAACAGCGCUUCCUUGCAACUGUCGAUGAGAAGCGGGUCGUUGAGCUACGACAUCUUCGCAACCGCUACAUCGUAUGGGCGAUAGCUGCCACAAUCUGGUCCGGCGCACCCAUCAUCAUCACAUUCCUUACUUUCCUCGUCUACACUCUCGUGGAGAAAAAGGAUCUGGUGCCAUCCAUUGCCUUCACCGCGCUAUCGCUGUUUAGUCUCCUGCGCAUACCGUUGGAUCAGUUGGCCGAUAUGGUAGCCCACGUGCAGGAGUCGAAAGUCUCAGUGGAUCGCGUGGAGGAGUAUUUGAAUGAGGCAGAGACGGAUAAGUACAAGCAGCUCGAAGCUGACGAGAAGGACGAGGAGGGCCAGCCCUUAAUCGGCUUCGAUCGUGCGACAUUCAGCUGGGGCGGAAAGGAUGCCGAUGACUUCAAGAUGAUUGAUCUGGAUAUGCAAUUCAAAGUCGGGCAGCUGAACGUGGUUAUUGGGCCUACUGGAAGCGGCAAGACGUCACUCUUAAUGGCGUUGCUGGGCGAAAUGACCAUCCUGGACGGAUCUGUCUACCUACCCGGCGGUCGCAGUAGAGAGGACUUGAAGCCGGAUCCGGAGACUGGGCUUGUCGAGUGUGUCGCCUACUGCGCUCAACAAGCUUGGCUCGUCAAUGGCACGAUCAAGGACAACAUUGUCUUCGCUAGCAAAUGGGACGCUCGACGGUACAAGGACGUCAUUAUUGCAUGCUCGUUACAGCGUGACCUAGAAAUCCUGGAUGCCGGUGACCAGACACUGGUGGGCGAGAAGGGUGUUACAUUGUCCGGAGGGCAGAAGCAGCGCAUAAGCUUGGCUCGUGCGCUUUACUGCAAUGCUCGGCACGUACUCAUGGAUGACGUGCUGAGCGCUGUGGAUUCGCAUACAGCGAAGUGGAUCUUUGACAAAGCGCUCAUGGGCCCGCUAAUGUACAAUCGCACGUGCAUCCUGGUCACGCACAAUGCGACGUUGUGCUUGCCGUACGCGGACUUUGCUGUUGUGCUAGACAACGGCCGAGUGGCUGCGCAAGGACCGCCGACGGAAGUCAUCUCGUCCGGCGCAGUGGCCGAGGACAUGUCGAAAUUCGAGUCAAAAUCGGUGUCACGCAGUCAGUCAACGUUGCCUUCGAGAGUGCCUUCUGGCAUUGGUGGUGAACAGCCUUUGAGCAGCGAGACUGGUAACGGGCAUCUCAAGCCACCACAUAUUCCGGGCAUGAAUAAGGUGGUGGAGGCUGAGUCCCAAGACGAGAAGAAAGCCGAAGGUGCCGUCAAGCUCCAGAUCAUCGUGUCGUACCUUCGUAAUAUGGGCGGCUGGAUGUACUGGACCGUUGCAGCUUUGUGCUUUGCCGCACAGCAGGUCUCGCAAGUGGCGACAAAUGUCUGGAUCCGCAAUUGGGCGAAUGCAUACACACGCCGCGAGGCUAUCACGGUGAUGGACAGUCACGGGAACUCGCCGAUCACUCACGUUCAGAGCAGCCUUGGUGGAUCAACGAACUGCUUGAGGACUGGUUCUUGUAUAUGGGGCAUCCCACUUUGGUCGCAGCCAAGGACUGGACUUUCUGUCUCCGUCGCAGGUUCUGAGGUUGACGUCGGCUACUAUCUCGGUGUUUACGCAGUCCUCGGCAUCGCGUACAUGGCUAUUACGCUGACUCGCGAAGGCGUGCUUUUCGGAGGCUCGCUCACAGCUUCGAAACGCAUCCACCGUAACCUUAUGGAAGCGGUAACGCAUGCGCGGUUCCGCUUCUUCGACACGACACCUCUCGGACAAAUCAUGAACCGCUUCUCGAAGGAUAUUGAAGCUAUCGAUCAAGAAGUAGCGCCCGUUGCUGUGGGUGUCGUACACUGUCUUGCGUCCAUCAUCACGAUUGUCGUGCUCAUCUCGGUUAUUACUCCGGCCUUCUUGAUCGCAGGUGUCUUCAUUACAAUCCUAUACUUCCUAAUCGGAGCCUUCUACAUCAAUUCUUCACGGGACUUGAAGCGGCUAGAGUCCGUUCAGCGAAGUCCUCUCUACCAGCAAUUCGGCGAGACGCUUACCGGCAUGACUACCAUCCGAGCCUACGGCGACGAACGUCGCUUCAUCCGCGAGAAUCUGCAACGUAUCAACACUCAUUCCCGCCCCUUCAUCUACCUUUGGGCCGCAAACCGCUGGCUUGCGUUUCGUGUUGAUGUGGUCGGUGCGCUCGUUGCGUUCUUCACCGGCGUCUUCGUGGUGCUGUCGGUCGGCAGAGUGGACGCCGGUGCUGCGGGUCUCGCAAUGACAUACGCCGUCACCUUCACGGAGAAUGUGUUGUGGUUUGUGCGUUUGUAUGCGAGCAACGAGCAGAAUAUGAACGCUGUAGAGCGUAUCAAGGAGUAUCUGGAUGUGGAUCAGGAAGCGCCGCCUAUUAUUCCGGACAACAGGCCUGAGGCUAAUUGGCCUAGCAAAGGAUCAGUGGAGUUCAUCGGCUACAGCACCCGUUAUCGGAAAGACUUCGACUUCGUGCUCAAGCAUAUCACGUUCAAGAUCUUACCGGGCGAGAAGGUGGGCGUUGUGGGAAGGACAGGAGCGGGCAAGAGCUCGCUCGCUUUGGCCUUGUUCCGGGCGCUGGAGGCGGAGGAGGGCAAGAUCUUGAUAGAUGAUGUCGACAUUGGUCUCAUCGGACUCCAAGAUCUGCGCGAGAAUGUGGUAAUGGUACCCCAAGACCCUACCUUGUUCACCGGAACCAUUCGCAGCAACCUGGACCCGUUCGGCCUUUUCACUGACGAAGACAUCUAUACUUCGCUCCGCGGUGUCCAGCUCAUUGGCGCUCCGUCCGUGACAACUUCAGCCGCACCGUCAAGACCGCAGACACCUGCCCCUAACACGCCAACAAAGCAGCAUUCUUCACCAGCGGAGAACUCGAACCCAACAGACUCCGCAGCAUUCGAGAACAAGAACAUCUUCCGUAAUCUGAAUACCACAGUCGCUGAAUCGGGCAGCAAUCUCUCGCAAGGUCAACGUCAGCUACUCUGCCUGGCGCGAGCGAUGCUCAAGGCGCCGAAGGUAUUGUUGAUGGACGAAGCGACGGCGUCGAUUGAUUACGCCACGGACGCCAAAAUUCAAGAGACGAUUCGUGAGAUCAAGAAUACAACACUCACCAUCGCUCAUCGGCUGCAAACGAUCAUCGAUUACGACAAGGUCCUUGUGCUGGACAAGGGCGAAGUAGUGGAAUUUGGCGAUCCGUAUGAGCUUGUCAACAAUGAGCGCGGUAUCUUCCAUGGGAUGUGCGAGAUGAGCGGCGAUCUAGAACUGUUGUUGCGGGAGGCGAAGAAAGCGCAUGAUGCGAGGAAGCUGGUUGACGAUAGCUGA